UAGAGUAGUGGAUGUCGAGCGAGUUAGGACGCCUUGUGCUGUACUUGGUUACGCUGUCCGCCACCGGCGAGCAUUAAUUGGUGGCGUUCUGCCUCCUUCCGAUCCGUUCCCCGCAGUGGCGGUUUCGCUUCGUAGUAGGUAAACUACGCGUCUCCUUCGGCACGUCCCUUCGCCUGUUCUCCGCCGCUGUUGCCCACCUGCUGUCUCUGCCCCGUGGGAGCUCCCCCACCAACCGAUCCGCCCUUCCCCCCCUCCCCCCCGGGCAGAGAGCAUGGAUAUGAUCCAGCCAGGCUUUGACAUAAAUAAGUUAAGUCAAGAAGCUCAAGCCCGGUGGUUGAAGCCUGUAGAAGUUCUAUAUAUUCUGCAGAAUUAUAACUGUUUUGAGAUCACUCAGAAGCCUCCUCAGAAGCCACCUAGUGGUUCUUUGUUUCUUUUUAACCGUAGAGUGCUUCGUUAUUUUCGUAACGAUGGACACUCAUGGCGGAAAAAGACAAAUGGUAAAACUGUUCGUGAAGGGCAUGAGCGUCUUAAGGUUGGCAACUCUGAAGCAUUAAAUUGCUAUUAUGCUCAUGGAGAACAAAAUUCUAAUUUUCAGAGGAGGAGCUACUGGAUUCUGGAUCCGGCCUACGAGCACAUAGUUCUUGUACAUUACAGAGAAGUUGUCGAGGGAAGAUACACACCUAGAAAAAUCUUAAGCAUCUCAAAUGAAUCUUCUCCAACAUUGAGAUAUAGUACCAGUGUCAGCAAUGAUCUAGCACAAUGUUUCCCUUCUUGUACUGGUGAAUUGAAUGAACCUCGUCAAAACUCAUGCAGUCCUGUGUCAGUGGAAGAAGUUAGUUCUAAAUUUGAAAGAAGAAAUAUUGAGACAUCCCACUUAAAUAGGAUGGACAGAUCAGAAUCUUGUAAUCAGCUGUUGUUGCCAGAGCUCAACCAAGCACUGAGAAAGCUCAAAGAGCAGUUAAGUUUAGACGAUGAUGAAGAAGAUAAAUUUGUAUCCCCCAAAAAGGAACUACUUCCACAUGGCAAUCUGAAUGUGGAAACACAUGACUUACAGCAUCUGAAUAAUGAAAUAAGGAACUCCCUAGAUGAAACACUUCAAAAUCCACUUGACGAAUUUAAACAAAUGUCAGAUGGUCAUUUUGAUGAAGAUGGCAUGCAAUAUGACGAUAUGUUGAAUAAUUCAGAUAUAUGGUAUGACCAGAAUCAGUUUGAAGCACCUCUUGAAAUAGACUCAAGUUUGACUUCACCACAAGGUUAUCUGUUUACUAUGCGGGAAGUCACUCCUGAAUGGGCAUUUUCUUCUGAAAAUACGAAGGUCAUCAUCACAGGGAACUUUCUAUGCAGUCCUUCAGAGUGUGAAUGGACUGCAUUAUUUGGAGAUACUGAAGUUCCUCUAGAAAUUGUUCAGGAUGGUGUCUUCCGUUGCCUUGCUCCCCAGCACAUUUCAGGAAAAGUCAAACUGUGCGUUACAUCUGGCAAUGGGAAACCCUGCAGUGAAGUGCAUGAAUUUGAAUUUCGGGAAAAGCUUCAAAACACCAGCUCUAGUAGUACCUUAUCACGAGUUGAUGCAUUAAAAACCUCUGAGGAACUCAUGUUGCUUGUCAAUUUAGUUCAGAUACUUUUAUCUGGAGAUAGUACAUCAGUUACUCAAGAAGAUGAGCUUGAACCAGAAGUCAAUCCUCUCUGGAAGUUGAAAGGAUCGAAAAACCAGUUGGAGUUAAUCAUCGGAUCAAUCCUAACUGGAUCAGAGCCUCCAGGAAAGAUAAUAGAGUUGAUUCUGCAAGAACUACUGAAAGAUAAGUUGCAGCAAUGGUUAUCAUCUAAACAUCAGGGAGAACCUGACGAUGGUUGUCUGUUGUCCAAGCAAGACCAAUGCAUCAUACACAUGAUAUCUGGCUUAGGAUAUCAAUGGGCCUUGCACCCAAUUCUUGAUUCCGGUAUGUGCAUAAACUACCGUGAUUCAAAUGGAUGGACUGCGCUUCACUGGGCUGCAAGAUUUGGAAGGGAAGAAAUGGUUGCUUCACUUCUUGCUGCUGGUGCUUCAGCUGGGGCUGUCACAGAUCCAAGUUCACAAGAUCCAGCAGGCCAAACUCCUGCUUCUCUAGCUGUUGCUAAUGGUCACAUAGGUCUUGCUGGAUAUCUUUCAGAAGCUGCACUAACUAAUCAUCUCUUUUCUCUUACAACUGAGAAAACUGAGAUUUUGGAAGGGUCUUCUUCUGUGAAGGCCGAGAGAGGUGUGGACAACAUAUCUGAGAGAAGGGCCCACUUACAAGGUGGGACAGAGAAUCAGCUUUCACUUAAAGAUUCUUUGGAAGCUGUCAGAAAUGCAACUCAAGCAGCAGCCCGUAUACAAGCUGCUUUCCGUGCCUAUUCUUUCAGGAAGAAACAACAAGAUGAUAUAGUUCGAGGCAUAUAUGAUAUGUCACAAACACACAUUUAUGGAUUUUCAGUUGCAUCACGGAUGAACAAAACUAUUCUUGGUUUUCGUGAUCACAAGUUUGUUAAAGCAGCUGUAUCGAUUCAAAAGAAUUACCGAUGUUGGAAAAAGCACAAAGAGUUCCUGCAGCUACGGUCUAAUGUUGUGAAGAUACAGUCACAUUUUAGAGCUCAUCUAGCAAGGAAGAAGUACAAAGAAUUCCUUCGGAGUGUCGGUGUCCUCGAAAAAAUCAUGUUAAGAUGGUAUAGAAGAGGAGUUGGCUUACGAGGGUUUCAAGCUGAACCAAAACCUAUUGUAGAGGAGGAAGAAGAUGACAUAAUCAAGGUUUUCCGCAAACAAAAAGUUGAUAAAGCUCUGGAUGAAGCUCUCUCAAGGGUCAUAUCUGUGGUAGAGAGUCCUGAAGCACGGGAGCAAUACCGCCGGAUGCUUGAAAGCUACCAACAAGCUCAGGCUGAGCUGAGCCAGUGUGGAUAAUGGAAUAACUGAUAUAAUUAUGAGCUUGGAAAUACAGAGUACUACACGCCUCAGUUGUAUAAGAGAAGAUUUGCUCAAGGUUGGUUGAACAGUUCUUGGAUACCAGAGGUAUAUCAGAUAAGAUAUAGAUAUUGGUAUAUAUGAUUGAAGUAGCAUCGUAUGUCCUCGCAGAGGCAGUAAGCUGUUCAUUUUGUUAAUGCAAAUGGAACCUAGUUGUUGUACAUAAUUCUAAUUCGUAUAGUUGGUUUUGUCAACAUGUAAUUGCUUGUUACAUGAUAUGCUGUUUUAGCUCCAGGUAUAUUGAUAUUCUGAAGUCAAAGCUAGCUUCUGACUUAGUUUAUCAUAUUCCUUUAUUUUGGUAGGUUUGACUAUCA